AAAGUUUGCAACAGAGUUUGGCGCUCACCGCCGUAGGACCGGGCGGCAUUUCUAGUGCGUGAGAAUGGUUACUCGCAGGUGUUAAAUGGGUAGAAAACGCGAGAAAUGUAUAAACCGGACAUGUAUUCCUCUGAGAAAACUUGGACAGCAGAUUUUGGCUUCCUAUCUGAGUUGGACGACAUACAGAGACAUUUCCAGUCAUGAAUUCAGAACAGGAUGUAGCACUGAAACUUGCUCAGGAGCGAGCGGAAAUCGUUGCUAAGUAUGACAGAGGGCGAGAAGGUGCAGAGAUUGAACCUUGGGAAGAUGCUGAUUACCUUGUUUACAAAGUCACAGAUAGAUUUGGCUUUUUACAUGAGGAGGAGCUCCCAUAUCACAAUGCAGCUGUGGAACGGCAAAAGCACCUGGAAAUUGAAAGAACUACCAAAUGGCUGAAAAUGCUAAAAGGAUGGGAAAAAUACAAGAACACUGAGAAGUUUCACAGAAGAAUUUACAAAGGAAUCCCACUCCAGCUCAGAGGUGAAGUCUGGGCUCUCCUUCUUGAGAUCCCUAAAAUGAAGGAAGAAACAAGAGACCUUUAUAGUAAAUUAAAACACAGGGCACGAGGUUGUUCACCUGAUAUCAGACAAAUAGACCUUGACGUCAACCGCACAUUUAGGGACCAUAUUAUGUUUAGAGACAGAUACGGUGUUAAGCAGCAAUCGUUAUUCCAUGUUCUUGCUGCAUAUUCUGUUUAUAAUACGGAAGUCGGGUAUUGUCAGGGCAUGAGCCAGAUCACAGCUUUGCUCCUCAUGUAUAUGAACGAGGAAGAUGCCUUCUGGGCCCUGGUCAAACUCUUCUCAGGCCCCAAGCAUGCCAUGCAUGGCUUUUUUGUCCAAGGUUUCCCUAAGCUCUUGAGGUUUCAAGAACAUCAUGAAAAAAUACUGAAUAAAUUUCUGUCCAAGCUUAAGCAACAUUUGGAUUCUCAAGAAAUCUACACAAGUUUUUACACAAUGAAAUGGUUUUUUCAAUGUUUCCUUGAUCGUACUCCCUUUACACUAAACCUCAGAAUUUGGGAUAUCUACAUCUUUGAAGGAGAACGAGUUCUUACUGCUAUGUCUUACACAAUCUUAAAAUUACACAAAAAACAUCUAAUGAAAUUGUCUAUGGAAGAACUGGUAGAAUUUCUUCAGGAGACCCUGGCAAAGAAUUUUUUCUUUGAAGAUGACUUUGUAAUAGAACAACUUCAGAUUUCCAUGGCAGAACUAAAGCGGGCGAAAUUAGACCUUCCAGAACCUGGUAAAGAGGAUGAAUAUCCAAAGAAACCGUUAGGGCAGCUUCCACCUGAAUUCCAUCAUAGUGGCGUCAGUCACCUGAGCAAUGGACAGAGAAGCGUGGGCAGGCCGAGUCCCCACGUGGGUGGCCGGAGAGAGAGCGGAGCGUCGCCUAAGAAGGAGGAGCAGUCCCCUAACCCCCAAAGCAGGGCCGGGACCCCGGAGCGAGUGAGGCAGCCCAGAAGGAAGUCGGUGGAGGAGGAGAGCAAAAAGCUCAAGGAAGAGGCAGAUCUUCAAAGGAAACCUCCGUCAGGUGCACAGGACCAUUCCAGGGCGUCUAAUCAUGCAGCUGCUAACCAAAACAGCAACGCCACUUCCAUCGUCCGGAGGGAGUUCGUGCCCAAGUGGAAUAAGCCGUCGGAAUCGACCAUGGACAGAGCUGCCCGGUACGCGGAGGGCAGGGGCCGCCCCGCGCUCUCUGCCGCCGGCCAGGGCCCCGCGGAUGCUCUGGUGCCCCCUGCGCGGCCGUCCGCGCAGGCCCCAGACGCGGACGGGAAGCGGGGCUCCACCGCCUCGCAGUACGACAACGUCCCUGGCGACGGCGUGCCCAGCCAGGAUGCUGACGGCGGCACGCUCGUGGAGGAGGCGCUGGACAGGGCCUACUCUCAGAGCCCGAGGAGCGUAGUGUACCCCAGCAGCCCCAGGAGGCUGGCCGAGCCGAGCCCCAGCCCUCUCCGAGUGCCCAACAGGUUCACCUUCAAAGUGCAGCCCCCGGGGCCCGCCCGGCGCCCAGCCCCGCUGGACGGGGAGGCCCGAGGCCCGCGCCCGCCCGCCCACGGCAGCGCCCCCUACGGCAGCGCCGCUGUUCCCCGCGGAGGGUCCCCCCAGCGCUUCCCCGCGCCUGGCAGCGGCUUCGCGUCCCCCCAGCUUAGCCCCGGGGCUCACGGGCACCCUUCCUGGAGGCCUUAUGGCUCCUCCUCGCUUUCGGUGGACGUUUCUCCAGAGAAGUCGUACGGCCGCCCGGCACCUCUUGUCCUGCCGUCUAGUCGAAUAGAAGUCCUUCCUGUUGAUCUUGGUGCUGGGGGAUAUUCAGGCAAUUCAGGGUCACCAAAGAACGGGCAACUCAUCUUUCCUCCAGUGGAUUACUUGCCAGAUACCAGAAAGUGGCCAGAAGUUAGUUACACGUGCAGACCGGAGGUGCACGGGCCGUCCCGGACUCCAGACGCUGGCCGCGGCCACGUGCCCAGAUACGCGGCCUUCCAGCACGUCCCCUUUCAGGACCACGGCCUGCCGGCCGUCUCCGUGGACGGCCCGGUGCGCUAUAGACCUUCCCUGGCCGUGGAAGGGGCCAGUCCUGGGUAUCAGUAUUCAGGGCCCCCCCCUCCAGUCUACCACUACAGAAACCGAGACGGGCUCGCUAUUCAGGAGUCAGUGUUGCUGUGAGAAUUGAAACCACACGGAACCUACAUUGCUAUGUCUGCAAUUGCCAAAGCAGUAUUUUCUACUAUUGUAAACACUCGCACAACCCUGGUGUUGGUCAGUGGUAAGGAUAAUAUGGAAAUGUCUUCAUCCAUUUAAAUUACAUCAUCACUGACCCUGUUAAAAAGAGUUUACCCUGAAACAUAGCAAUAGCAUUUAGGGAUGCGCGCACAACAGUUAUUUAUUACUCAGCUCCAUUUACAUCUUUCUCCGAAACCUGGACAUUUGUACUCUGUUGGCCCAAUCUAUUUUGACUAAUGUUACAAAGUACUGAAAAUCUCUAGAAUAGAUAUUUUUAAGGCUAUGUGUAGUGUAAAUGUCUUUUAAUGUCUGUCACAGGCACCUGUGCGCACACAGUUGAACACAGAACUAAAGAAAAUUUUUUUUAAAACUACCUUUUUUUUUUCCAGUCCACGUAAUAUGUUAUUUUUUUUCCUUAAUGUGUCCUUUAGUCCAGUUUUAUUUGCUCUCACAUUUUUAACCUAGGGCCUAAACUGACUAAAGACUUUCCCUGACUCUAUUUACUCAGCAUCUCACAGAACGCUCCUGUUCUCCUGCAGUUGCUGCCAUUUUCUUUGAAUCUAAAAAUGAAAUACAUUGGAGAGAAAAGCUACCGGCUUAAUGGUGCUUCAAAGUAAUCUUAUGGCCGGAGGUGUAGGGCUCCUCGUGUCUGUUUACCAGACCAGUCCAGUGCUCUUGUGUCCUCCGUUCUGGUCUGACUGCCGUGGAGCUCAGGCUGGUCCCCGCCAGAUGCAGAGGCAGGGUUGGGCUCGCUCUUCUGGGGCUGCCUGAGAAGCUGCACCAUGGCCACGCCGAGGGCUCACCCGGGCUGUAGACUCUGACCCUGCUCAGCUCUGCUCCCGGGUGGUCAGGUGCAUGGUCCUCUCCUGGCUUGCUUUAGAGAGAGUAGUCAGUGGAUUUUACUGUUCUUAAUCGGGCCAUUAAAUUAUCCAUGUAAAAAAUUACAUGUAGAAAAAAUUUUUUUGAAAAUAAUUCAGGUUCAUGGUAAAAAAAUAAAAUUAGUAUUAUCUUUUAAAAUAUUCCAUUACACUACACUACCAAAACACUGAUGAAGUUUUGGGUACUCCUAGAAAGUAUGACUUGAUGUUUAACUGGGGAGCCUGCUCAACAUUACUUUGCUCAUGUUUGAAUGCUAGAAAGUAGAAAACCUAACAUUGGUGGUUCUUCCUGUUGUAAGUUGGGGCGUUAAGCUUUCAAGGUACAAAAAAUGUGUCUAUUACAAGGAAAGUAACAUUUGUUUAGCUAGUGAAUGUGACAAUAUUUUUUAUGUAUAUAAUGAGUCUAAUGUCAUUUUAAUCAACUUGGUAAUGAUGUUAUUAAAUGGCAAACAAACGCAGUGUAUUAAAGUGAACACUACACUGAAGCUCAAACAGAAUCCUGGUAGAAUUACCAGGCUCUUGAUUUAGAUCAUGUGGAAGCUGAGAAAUAAAUGUGUAUAAAAAUGUAGCUGAGGACAUUAAUUCUAAUUUUUGAACCAUGAUUCUGUGACUUAUAAUAUACAAGCUGUACAAUUUAGUUUAUUAUAGCAGUAUCAGAGCUGCUCCAAAAUAUGUAUCAACGUAAAUACUGUAGAUUUAUAUAUAUAUGCAAAAUAUAUAUAUACACACAAGCACUAUUUUCUUAUGUCAUCUAUGACAUUUUUUACCUGUAUACAUUUUUUGAUGUAAUUAUUUUUAACAUGCUAAAAGUAAU